UGGCUCUGAGCAGAUGGAAAUCACUGCAUGCGACCAAUUGGCGUGUGGGGGAGGCUGAGGGUAAAAAGCUGUGGGGGGAUCGAGAGCAGCCAGAGACACUUGGCUUGGAGUCAGGCAGUCAGUCAGUGAGUCAGUGUCUGGGGGUCACAGUCUCCCUCCCAUGUGCUGAACGCAUCACCAUCACCAUCAGCAUCACACCAACCGCAAUGAGGGCUCAGGGCUCAGGACUCGGACUCGGCUCUCUCCUGUGGGCUGUGCAGGGUGUGCUGUUCCUGGCCACCCUGUGCCAAGCCCGGUCCAAGGCAACGCGUGGAGUGGUCGUUCCUUUCGUGUUUGAUCCCGAGGCGAAGUGCGACCCUCCCUGUCAGCACGGGGGCUUGUGCAUCAGGAACAACAGCUGCUUCUGCUCCAAGGGAUACGAGGGAGAGCUUUGCCAGUAUGUGACUUGUUACCCGAAGUGUAAAAACGGUGGAGAGUGUCUCCGUCCCGGAAAAUGCCGCUGUCCUCCUGGAGUUGGAGGAAGAUACUGUCACAAAGCUACUUGUGAGGGUGGUUGUUUAAAUGGUGGGGAAUGCAUUUCUAUCAACAGUGUUGUGAAGUGCCUGUGCUCCUCUGGCUGGACAGGGCCAAGAUGUCAAGAAGCAAUUUGUCCUCAAGGGUGUCGUAAUGGUGGGAAUUGUGUGGCACCAGGUAUUUGCAGUUGUCCAGAUGGAUGGAUUGGUGGAGCCUGCCACUUAGCGGUCUGUAAACUCCCUUGCCUGCACGGAGGAAAGUGCAUAGCUCCAAAUGUGUGUCGAUGUCGUGGAUUCUACACCGGUGCACAGUGCAAGCGAAAGCAAAGUGAAUAAGGAGACAUUUCCUAGAGAGAAGACCAUAUGCUUGUCUUCAUUUUCACAUGAGAUUGGUAAAAUCUUACUGGUUUGAUCUCUGCAAUGACGAUGGAGUUACAGUGCCCAAAACUGGGAAAUGAAUGGAAUUUAAAAUAAAGUAGGUAUUUACCUUCUUAUAGCAACUAAAAGCAAUCAGUGUGUGUUUUGUAUAUUGGGGUGGGGUAGGGGGAAAAGAGUUAGGGGAGUAGCCUCUAUACGCUUUCUUCUAAUGUACUGUUCACUUUCUGUGUAUACACAUUCCUAUUAAAUGUAAUGAAAGGUUGGUGCUGGUAUAUUACUUUUAAGAUUUUAAAUUCUUGUGUACAAUCCUUUUUUUAAUCAAACACAGCAGUUUUCAAAACUUAAGUUUUUAACGCCUUAAGUUUUAACAAACCUUAAUAUUACAGUAAAAUUUUACAAUGGUAAUGUCAGUGUACUAUUUGUAAACCCAUGUACGUGUUUUCUUAUAAAUAAAUGAUGAUCUUUACGUUUGA